AUAGUUUCAAACAAACGCGCGUCCUACGAGAACGCGUUCAGACGUCGUUCAGAAUAAUUUCCCUCGCGAUGGUGGCCACAACAACAGAACAACUUACAGCGUUAGCCAGCACAACCGUCAUCGUCCAUCCCCUCGUUUUGCUCUCGGUUGCAGACCACCAUGCUCGUGCUGGGUCGAGGAACUCGAACAAAAGAGUAAUCGGGGUGCUUCUUGGUCAGGAUAAUGGCAAGACCAUCAAUGUUGCCAAUUCGUUUGGAAUACCGUUCGAGGAAGACGAGAAAGAUUCGAAGACAUGGUUCCUCGAUCACAAUUAUAUAGAAGGGAUGUACGAAAUGUUCAAGAAGGUCAACGCGAAGGAAAGGAUGAUUGGGUGGUAUCAUACUGGGCCCAAACUUCGAGCAUCAGAUCAGGAGAUUAACGAUUUGUUCAAGAGAUAUAUUGCUCGACCGGUCAUGGUUAUCGUAGAUGUACGGCCGGAAACAGUGGGUAUACCAACCGACGCCUACUUCGCUGUUGAGGAGAUCAAGGACGACGGUACAGAAACUCGCAAAACCUUCCUGCACUGCCCCUCGGCUAUCGAAGCGGAAGAAGCAGAAGAAAUCGGUGUCGAGCACCUUCUACGAGAUAUAAAAGACUCCACUACCACCACCCUCGCAACCCGUGUCACCGAACAACUCUCCUCACUACGCGGCCUACAAUCUCGAUUGAGUGAUAUACAAAAAUAUCUUGCAGAAGUCGCAGCUGGGUCUACGCUCGUCAGCCAUCAAAUAGUGUACCACCUUCAAGACGCAUUAAACCUUCUACCCGACCUUUCAGACCACGAGACGAAGCAGGGGUUCGUGACAAGUACGAACGAUGAGCUGUUGGUGGUUUAUUUGAGUAGUCUGUUAAGGGCGGUCAUUGCGCUGCAUGGACUGGUUGAUAACAAAGCAUCUAUCGGGAGAGCAGAAUUAGGGGGGGAUGACAAGGAAAAGGAGGAUAAGUCAACCAAGGCCGAGGCGAAGAAGGGUGACGCAAAGUCAGAGGGAAAGGACAAGGAAGAAAAGGAGAAAAAGGAGAAUGAUUCGAAGGGGCUCUAGCACGAUAGUAGUAGAGUAGCGAUCUUUAUUUUGCCAUCCACACUUGUUGACAGACAACUGGCGUGCAGUUGAGUACUCCCAUCGCUCAGAAGGUUUAAGUCAGUCAGUAGCUUUUCGCUAGCUGGAGUUCAAUGGAUUUAUUGCGUAUUCAUGACAGAGUUUACAAGCAGUAAAAAGAUCCUGAGCAUAUGCGUCGGGUCCGGAGUAAAAACUGAGAAUGGUCCAGUCAAAUAUUAAUAUUGCGUAUUAGGUCACUCUGACGGUAUGCUUGUCGAGUAGUGUUACUUGCGUUCGAGGGCUUCGAGUGUUUUGAAGGAUCUAUGCAGGUCGCGGUGCUUCAACUGCACGCGGGGAGGAAGCUAUUCGUCUGGUCUUGAGGUCUUCUUUAUAUCCGCAGACUGUUCCAAUGUACGGUUACCUGGUUCAAGAUUACUAGUGUAAAAAAUGGGCAUUGUCCAAGUCAACGGCAAUAAAAACAAAGGAAAGGGAACAAGGCAGGCAGACGCGG